GUCACUUACUUUCUUGCACCGUGACCGUAUUGAAGUAUCGAACCCGUAGUGGAGGUUGGAAGCUAUUUUGAUAAAGAAACAGAUACAUGUGACCACUUCUCUGUGGUAACAUCAAUUAAAAUAUCUAAUGUCAAGUUCUAAAAUUUGGCAGUAUGGUAUACCGUUUAUGAUUUUUAUCCUUGGCGGAUCAUUCGGCCUUCGAGAAUUUACGGAACUACGGUAUAGAUAUAAACGUACAAAUGAAUAUAUACUGCGUAAGGACUUACAGGAAGAAGGUAUUAAAAUGAAACAACCAAACGAAAUUACCUUAGAGAAAGAAUAUGAAAAAUUAAAAACGUUAGAUCUUGACAAUUGGGAAAAUAUCCGGAUACAAAGACCAUGGGAGGCAUCAGAAAAUACAAAAAUUUAGUUAUGGAGAAUUCGUGUUGACUGUUUUUUGGCAUGUAAUUGAUGCAAUAAAUAAUAUAAAAUUAAUUAAACGUGAGAAGAUGAUCAAAAUGGA